GCUGCAGUGGCCUAAGUUACCCAGCACAAAAAGUGACCACGAGGGUGGUCAAGGCACUGCAAAGAUUUAAAAGCCCAGGUCCAUGAAGUGACGCAAAUGAGUGGUAUGAGAAUGAACUAUUAAUUUUGACUGGCUGUACAUUGGUUUAAAGAUGUUUGUGUUGAAAGAUAACCCAGUAACUGGCACUGCAGAAUGGCUAUUCAAAGAAACAGAAGAUGAUGAUGCUAAACAUGAACUUGCAAGGUCCACUUAUGCUGGAAUGCUUCAUGACGUUGAAAGAAAUAAAAAGUACCACGAAGCCAUAAAAAAAACAAUUCAUAAAAUCAAAGAGGCUGGACAUGCUUCCCAUGUCCUUGACAUUGGAACUGGCAGUGGUAUUUUAGCAAUGAUGGCUGCCUCAUGUGGAGCUCAGUCUGUUACAGCUUGUGAAGUUUUUAGGCCAAUGGCAAAAAUAGCCAACAAUGUUGUGGAGAGAAAUGAACUUCAGAGCAAAAUCAAAAUAGUUGAUAAAAGAUCAACAGAAAUGCUUGUUGGAAAAGAAAAAGAUCUGAUGGAGAGAGCGAAUAUUCUUGUCACUGAAAUCUUUGACAGCGAAUUGAUUGGUGAAGGAGUGCUCCCUACUUUAAAGCAUGCAAAGGAGCAUCUUUUGACGGAAGACUGCAAAGUCGUGCCUGCAACGGCGAAGGUAUUUAUUCAAGCUGCCGAGAGCCAGAAUCUAUGGAAGAGACAUAAGCUUGGGAAUGUUGAGUUUUCUGAUCUCAAAUCUCUGAAAACGAUGGCAGCUCUUAAUGAAUGCCAAGGAACAGCUGCAACAGAUGAACUCCACGUUGACCAAGUUGACGAUCUUAGGGUGAUGUCAAACUGCAUUGAAGCUGUCAGGUUCGACUUCAAUGCAAAACCAAAUGCCUUUGCCACUCAAUUGGAACAGACGAUCUACCAGUUGGAAAUCGAAGCAACUGAAUCUGGCUGCGUACACUGCAUCAUUUUAUGGUGGGAUCUGUCUCUUGAUGAAGAUGAAGAAUUUACAUUAAGUAUGGCUCCAAAAUGCUCUUCACUCUGCCCUGAUAAAGUUAUUUGGCGAGAUCAUUGGAUGCAAGCUAUUUAUUAUCUAAGAGAAGAGCUCUAUGUCGUUAAAGGCCAGAAAUUUGCCCUGACUCUUCACCGUGACGACUAUUGUUUUUGGUUUGACAUGACACGCGAGAACCCUUGCGAAGGAUCAUUAUUAAGUAAAAAACUGUCUGCUGGUGUAGAUCGCCCAGUUUGCACUUGUGGAUUGCACACUGUUUGGAGCAGAGAAAGGUUCUCCAUGUCUAAUAACAGAGACUUUUGGAAUGUUUACUCCAAUGCCUUAAGUAAGCAAAAACAGUUAACAAAUGUGCUGGUUCUUGGUGAUGUAUCACUUCUUCCUUUAUUUGCUGCAAAAUUCGCAAAUCAGGUAACAUACAUUGAAUUUUCACAGAUGUCAGGGAAUCUGAUAGCAAAGUUAUCCACACUCAACGGGCUGCAAGACAAAAUCAAAAUAUCAAACAAAAGAAAUUUAAACGACGAUGAUUUUACCAAUCUUUCGAAAUCAACCGAGUUUGAUGCAGUUUUGGUGGAACCAUUUUUCUCGACAAGUCUUUUUCCAUGGGAGCAUUUAACGUUCUGGUAUUAUUUAACCAAGAUUUUUCAAAACACACUGGGGCGCCAACCAACAGUAAUACCUCAAAAGGGGAUUUUGAAAUUAGCAGCAGUGGAGUUCAAAGACUUAUGGAAAGUCCGAAAACCAGUAGGAUCAAUAGAAGGGUUCAAGCUAGAUGCAUUCGAUCGGAUAAUAAAGGAUGCAUUACAACCCGACCAUUCCGACGAGUUUGGAGCUCUUUACGAAGCCGAACCAUAUGCCAUUUGGGAAUAUGACCAUGCAGUUUUGUCAGAGAUCCACGAUGCAGGAACUUUCGAUUUUUCGAAUCCGAUUCCUCGACGCAAUCUGGAAUUCAAUGGGAAAACAAAAAUCGUUCGAAAUGGAGUGCUGCAUGCCCUUGUAGCGUGGGUAGAUUUUUGGUUAGACGAAGAUCUACACUGGAGCACUGGUUACGAGGUCCAAAAAGGGCGAUGGGUGAAGUACUCUAAGCAAGGAGUUGUUCUACUGAAAGAUCCUAUUACAGUCACAAACAAACAGGAAAUCGAGUACCGCGUGGUUUUUGAAGCCGAGUCAUGCAAUCUUUUGUUUCAGUAUCAAAAUGAACGUGUUUGAGCUUAUAGACUGUCAUUUUGCUCCAUAUCUCAGAGUAAUAUUUCUUUCCUAUUAUGAGGAGGCAAAUAAUGUUUCAGGUUAAAAAUGUGAAACCUUGUGGCUUAUGGUAUCCUACCCUAUAGAAGGCUCCUGUUAUCUAUAAGGAUCCAAUGUUAGUGAUGAUUCAAAAGGUCGAAGAAUUUAAAGGUAGUCCAAGCCUAUUUGGUACCUCUUCCAGCCACGUAUACCAGUAUGCAAUUGAAUUUUGCUCUGAUGAAGCCCCGUGUGCCGGGACGAAAUAUUAGCCAAAACUGA